AUGGCAAUUGUUUUCUUCUUUUGGGAUGUUGGAGCAAAAUGUAUGGUCCUGAUUAGUAAAAUGGGUGAAGAUAUAUCUGCAAUCUUGCUUCGCUGCAAAAAUUUUAAAGUUAUUAUUGAGGGCGAACAGCAACUAUUUUGCAAGCAAGCUAGCUUGAAGCGGAAGAAGAAGAAGAAGGAAAUGAAGGAGAACAGAAAGAAAGGAAAAGAUAGAAAGUUUGUACGUAUCGAAAUCGCUGAAUUUACUAAUGUGCGCCUCACCUUAACUUCUCUUCUGUCUGCCCCACCGCUCCUUCCUCCACCCCGUUACCCGAAACUGUCUUUCCACUACUGUGCGAAAUCGAGACAGGCGGGGGGGGGGGGGGGGGGGGGUUAA